UGUCUCCAGACCUAUUUACCUUGCAGCUGUAUAUCCACAGGAUUUUCUUCCUCGACUUUGUGUCGAUAGGUCGCCAGACUCGGGGAAGCUCCUCUGGCUGCUUGAGGAACUGAAGACUUUAAGUGCUAAGGUGAGAGCAAUGAAGGGUGUGAAGGCAAAUACCCUGGUGCUUUUCUACAAGCAGCUGAAAGCGAUCUGGAGCCCCCCCGCGCGACCCUGCAGCCUGGCCGCCUGCACCCACAGGAACAGGAACGAUGCACUGCAUCCACUUUGGCAGAGUCCGCUUACAAUUCCUGGGGGCACCCGGCAGUCUCCUAUCAAUAUCCAGUGGAGAGACAGUGUUUAUGACCCAUUUCUGAAGCCUCUGAAAAUCAACUAUGACCCAAAAACAUGUCUUCACAUCUGGAACAAUGGAUAUUCAUUCCUGGUUGAGUUUGAUGAUUCUUCUGAUAGAUCAAUAAUUGUUGGAGGUCCCUUGGAAAACCAAUACAGGCUAAAGCAGUUCCACUUCCACUGGGGAGCUAUAAAUGAGUGGGGCUCAGAGCACACAGUUGACAGUAAAUUUUACCCAGCAGAGUUGCAUUUAGUUCACUGGAAUGCUGUUGUGUACCCAACUUUUGAAGAAGCUGUCAUGGAAGGUAACGGCCUGGCUGUUAUUGGAGUGUUUUUGAAGCUGGGAGCACAUCAUGAGGGGCUGCAGAUACUGGUGGAUGCCUUGCCAGCAGUUAAACACAAGGACACUGUUGUCGAGUUUGAUGUCUUUGAUCCUUCCUGUUUGAUACCCUCAUGCCCUGAUUACUGGACCUACGCGGGCUCUUUGACUACUCCCCCACUGACCGAAUCAGUCACGUGGAUUAUUAAGAAGCAGCCAAUAGAGGUCGAUGAGAAUCAGCUGGAGGCAUUUCGGAUGCUGCUCUUCACUUCAGAUGGUGAAGAAGAAAAGAGAAUGGUAGACAACUUCCGCCCUCUUCAGCCCUUAAUGAACCGAACCGUCCGUUCCUCCUUCCAAAGCAGGCGCCUCUUGAAUCCUGAAGCACAGCCCCAGGACCAUGCUGAGCUGAUCAGGCCAUGAAAUGUCAGCCCAGACUGCAAUACCUGGGGGUGACUGUUCUUCUUGAUUAUUUGUCCUUUUUCUGCAGUGUGUGUAUGCUGUACGGUUUCACAGAAGGCCAGUUGCAGUUCUGCCAAGUGUCAUUUGUCCUUCAGUGGCAAAGCUGUGGGGGGUUUAGUUUUGCUUUUUUUAAGAAGGAAAUAAUACUAACCCUUAACAAAUGUACUUGCUUUAAAGCAGGGAUCAGUAAGAAAUUAUUUUGACAGUUAAAGGAAAAGUAAGGGCAGGAGAUCACUUCCCCUUGCCUCUUUUUUUCUGUCUCUCUUCAGAUGCUCUUUCAGUGACUUUCAUGACAUAAUAAUCCCAACUAAAAACAUGUUAGCAAGCAGAAAGGGUAAAGAAGGGAAAAGUUUUAAUACUGGCUAGGUCCUUUUUGUGGAAUUGUUCCAGAGGUUUGGGAAGGGAACUAUCUUCUCUAGUCACAUAUACAGAGACAUUUUAUCUUCUUUUUUUCUUGGUGCUUAGGAUGAUGAGAAGGGAAAAGAUGACUUCCAGAAUCUCAUCUCUUUCUGUUCUAUUGAUUGCAUGAUCCAUGUUUGAUACGGAUGCCACAAAAUGUCCAGUCUACACCAGAAGCCACAGACCUUUUCUAAAACAUUACAACAAAUGUAGAAGCUUUUAUCUUUGGCAGCUUUUACUUUUCUGCAUUAAUAAUGUGCCAGAAGAAGAGAGCAGAAUAGAAUUCACCAGUUUUUCAAGACUGGCAAGUGCAGCAAAUCAGAUUAAAAUAUCCAAUUGAUCCCAGGAAAUUGAUCACAUCAAAGGAAAGCAAAAUUAGAUAAGCCCCAGCUGACCCUUCCAAUGGGAUUUGGGGAAAAUAAACCUCACAACAAUUUCUGAAACCUAAACCUGUGCUAGGACAGUAUAGACAAAAUGCAGCAUUCAGGUAGUUGAAAGAUUUAUUAUUUUUUUAUUAUUUUUAUUUUCUUUUAGGAAUUGAUAGGGCACCAGUUCACUCUUUUCAAAGUUUUGUCUCAAAAUGUACUUCUCUAAUAAAAGAGAGUUCUCUAGCUUCACGACAACUGGGUACCAGAAUGUAUUAUAGCACCUUAUGAUAAUGAAUAGAAGUGGUGGUUGAAAUUUAUUUGUGGACCAGACAAAAUUGUUUGGUAAGGUGCCAGAUGUGGAGCCUUAUCCUAGAGUUACAGUCCAAUUGCCACAAGCAUUAUCUACCUCUGAAGGAUACUACUGCUAGCCAUGAUUUUCUCUCAAGCACCUUUCUCACUGGCUUUUUAUGCUCUACUGUGUUUAACAGUGUGCCUGUGCAUGAAAUUCAUGUACCUAAUGUAUGGUCAGAUCUUCUAAGGAAGAGCAUGUCUGUCUGUAAACUCAUGUCAUCUUGAUGGAUUGUAUUUGAGGAGUCUUCUUGGAGAACAGAUGUUACUUGGUCUGCUGCUGCCACUAAGCAAAGUCACUGGUUGCUGGUGUGAUUCAGCACAAGUGGUGCCAGGACACCAACUUGUCAAUGCUGAAUUCAGAACGCUAGAAUCAAUAUUUUUAUUCAGUUUAAAAGCACUUUAACACUUUUUUGUGUGGUCCUGAUGAUGGCAAGGCUUUUGAAUGCUCCUGUUUAACCAAUUCAGUGCCCGGGUCCUCCCUUUGCUUCAUUAAUAGCUCCACCUCAGGCUGUUUUGCCGUUCUCCCUUGGCUGUUUGCAAUGUGUCCGCUUAACCUUAGAGUGACUGUGUGGUAAAUGUAAGUAAAUCUCUCUUCUAUCCCAGUGUAGAGUAUGUCCCUUUACUGUGUGAGUUCAACCCAGUAGUGUAUGUACCUUCAGUUUUCAUUGCCUCUUCCAAUCCUUACUGCUCAGUUGAACCAUCUUGGUUGACCUCAGUUGCUGUGCAAUCUCUAGCAAUCUGGUUGAACUACACCACCUCAGUUGUACUAGACAGUGUUUGGGGGCUGGACUAGAUGACCUUUAAAGGCCCCUUCCAACCCCACACAUUCUGUGAUUCUGCUUUCUGGUCUGCAGAACCACAUCAGCAAUGGUUUUGCCAGAGAGUGGCAGGUUCCAAAAGGAUUUUGGAAGUAGUAUCUACAGUUCUGGCAAUAGGAAAAGAAGUUUUUUACUUCCUGCCUGAAUGGAUGUCAUCUAGGUGUUGUUAAGCUUGAGGUUUUUGCUGAGUGCUGCUCUUGAGAACACUUUUCUGAGGAGGACCCCAUAGCAGGAUGGCAGCCAUUCAGAACUGGUAUAUAUCUUUUCUGUCGUUGAGAUUUUUUUGCUACUCAUUAGUAGCAGUUAGGAAAAAUUGCACUAUAAAGACCUCUUAAUGUUGCCUUCACAUUUAAAACUACAGGUGGCUCAGCAGCACCAAGCUGGCUGUAGGAAGCCUGCAUCAAAAUCCCUGUCCUGGAUGAAUGGGUCUUUUAAAAAGCUUCAUGCAAUUGCUUAAGGUUUUUUAAUUGUCUUGGUAAUUUUCACCAAGUUUUUGUGUGCCACUAAGCUCACUUCAGCAGUUACAGCUUUUCUAGCAUAUGCAAAUACUAAAUGCAUAUUUUGUUCUUAAAGUUUUAUUGUGGUGUCAAUGUUUAAUCUUCAGCUGCUUCAUAAUACCCUGAUAUGCUCAUACCCAAUUGAGUUCUCAAGGGUUAGGUUUGCUUUACAGAAGCAAAUUUUCUUCCUAGGUGAGUAAAUCUCUUUUUAACACAUUUACCACCGUGCAUCUAUCAGAGAUGAUGCUGGAUGUUCUAUUUUCAGUGAUCUGUUUGAAAAUUCUCCUAGAGAUUUACUUACUUGGUUCAAGUUUUGUCAUGGAAAUGUUAGAGAAUAGGUGUCAUACAUUUAAUAAGCCAUACUCCAUAUAUAUUUAGAUAAAAUCUCAUCUAAGUGUGCUACCAUAAAAUUAAUCACAAUUUCAGCACUGAUUGCUUAAAAUAUCUGGAGACAGGGUCAAUUUAGAAAUCUAGUGCUACAAAAAUAAGGUUUACAGGGAUUUUCUGUUACAGUUAUUUUGCUGCUUUUUGAGUCUUGUAUUUACAUGUUGGUGUAUUAGCAUCUCUGGUUAAGAUAGGCAGUAGCUCAGUUGCUGUUGAAAUUAGCAGUUUGGAAAUUAACAGAAAGGGUUUUUUUGGGGUUGUUUUAUGUUGCAAUGACUGCGUAGGCCUUGCAAAAGUCAGCUUCAAGAAGAGGAAUUGUGUGCCUGCACAUGGAUGUGAGACAGGAUGGGAUAUAAUUAUUUUGGCUUACCCUCACAAUUGUGUGGAGGGAGGGGGAAAUUACUCGAUUGUUGGACUAGAGCUAAUACCUGUAAGGAUUUUUGCACAGCUAAGUUAAACUCUGUUUGAGAAGUGGGAAUCUUUAGUCUCUUCUUUUAGAUGGUACAAUUCCAAAGGGUCAAAGCACACAUUUGUAUUUGUCCUUGCAUAGUAGUCCCUUAGGCUGCUUAAUACUGUCCUGGGCGGUGUUCCCUGUGGCAAUAAGUACCAGGAAUUAAAGACUGUAAUAUAUAUAAUCUUGAGGGCAGCUUAUUGAAAUGGGAGUAGAAGGUUUUGGAGCAUAAAUCUGUAUCCAUGUUGGUCUGAUUUCCAACUGCCUUUCAGUGUUCCUGUUAAGCAUUUGUCUUGCUCUUGGUGGCUUCACAGUUGGGUGUUUGAUCCAUAUUCCUACAUUCCAGAACUUUCCCACCAGUGCACUUUAGGUGUACACCACCAUGUGUAUCUGACCAGUCCUUUGUUGUCUUCUGUCAUGGAUGGCUUGUGGUGGUGUUUUGACCCCAAGUCUGACAGGAGUGUAUCUUUUGGCUUUGAAAGCUAUAGAAAUGGAGAUUGCUUUGAUCUCACAAAGACCUGCUGGGUUUUGAAGUACUGGAAUUCUACAAGACUUAUUUUUGAGGAAGCUUCCCUUCUGCUCAACUUCAUAAUCAACAGUAUUUGCUUUAAAAAUCAAAGGCCUUAAUUUUUAACAUCUUAACUUGUAUUUCUUGGCACACCUUGGCUUUUUUCUUUGUGCAUCUUGUUUUCUUGGCAGUUAUCACAUUGUGUAUUUUAAUGUAUGUUAUCUCCCUAAUCAUAAUUUACUGAAAUAAUUGUCUUUGCAGACAACAUAUAUAACAGGGAAUGCCUUUAGUUCUCUUGGGUUACAGAGCUUUUCCCUCAGUUUUUACCUGAUGUAAAGAAACUUGUAGCUGCUGUAUUUUAAACUGUUAAAGUAGUGUGCAACUAUGCAAUAAAGAAGCACAGAGAAAA